AUGGCGUCCUUAGAAUCCAGCCUCUUGAGCCUCUAUCCUCACUUCUCAGCUCCCAGUGAAGUCACGGAUCUGCAGAAUGAAACUCAGACCAACAACUCAAUCACUCUGUCGUGGGAGGCCCCCCAAGACCCCCAUUCUCGUCUCUACAUAUACUGGGUCCAGUGGGCCAGUGAGGGAUAUCCUGAGAGGGGGCAAGGUCUCCAAGGACUUCAGACCAACCAGACAGGCAGGAUCAGGUAUGAGGUGAAGGCCCUGGAGCCCGGGACUCUGUACACCUUCAGCGUGUGGGCAGAGAGGAACAAUGUAACCAGUUCCAAACAGAGCCUCCACGUGUCCACAGUUCCGGAUCCCGUCACCAUCAUCUCCUGCAUCAGCAUCCCUGGGGGCUAUGGGGUCAUCCUGACCUGGUCUUGUCCCCCAGGAGGCUACCAGGCCUUUGAGUUGCAGGUGGGUGUGCAGCGGGACUCCCAGGACAAUUCCUCCUGUGAGAAGGGCGUGUCCGUGUCGGGUCUGCGGCCAGCUCGGUCCUACCCAGCCACCGUUACGACUGUCUGGGAUGGAAUGAGGGCCCUGCCUGUCUCCGAGAUCUGCCACACCGACAGUGCAGGGGUCAUCGCCGGAGCCAUUAUUGGUGUCCUUCUGCUUCUCAUCCUGGUGGGCCUACUGGUUUUCUUCCUGAAGAGGAGACGUAAGAAGAGUGAGAAGAAAGCAGCGCCCGUGGAUCCGGACUGUUGCUUUACAGGGGACAUCCAGGCAGAAGACUUUGCUGACCACGUCAGGGAAAAUGCGAAGGACAGCAACUGUGGUUUUGCAAACGAGUACCAGCAAUUGGCCCUGGAGGGCCACAACCAGUCUCAGACGGUGGCCUUAGCUCCAGAAAACAGCGCCAAGAACCGUUACAGAAACGUGCUGCCCUAUGACUGGUCCCGCGUGCCCCUGGAGCCCCUCCAUGAGAAGCCAGGCUCUGACUACAUCAACGCCAGCUUCAUACCUGGUCUCUGGAGUCCCCAGGAGUUCAUUGCAGCCCAGGGCCCCCUGCCCCAGACCGUGGGUGACUUCUGGCGCCUGGUGUGGGAACAGCAGAGCCACACCUUGGUCAUGCUGACCAACUGUGUGGAGUCCGGCCGGGUGAAGUGUGAGCAUUAUUGGCCUCUAGAUGCCCAGCCCUGCACCCAUGGGAGCCUACAAGUGACCCUGACGGAUGAGAAGGUGAUGGAGAACUGGACAGUACGAGACCUGAAGCUUUGGCACAUGCAAGAGCAGAAGGCUCUAUCUGUGCGUCAGUUCCACUACAUGACCUGGCCAGACCAUGGCGUCCCCCACUCCCCAGACCCCUUGCUGGCUUUCUGGAAGAUGCUCCGGCAGUGGUUGAACCAGACCAUGGGGGGAGGCCCCCCCAUCGUGCACUGCAGUGCUGGUGUGGGCCGCACGGGCACCCUCAUCGCCCUGGACGUCCUCCUGCGGCAGCUGGAGUGUGAGGGUCUCGUGGGGCCCUUCAGCUACUUGAAGAAGAUGAGGGAAAGCCGGCCGCUGAUGGUGCAGACUGAGGCCCAGUACGUGUUCCUGCACGAGUGCAUCCUGCGGUUCCUCCAGCAGUCCUCCCUAAUCCCAGCCAAGACGGAGCCCAUGUAUGAGAAUCUGCUCUACAAGAAUGUGGCCGCCAUCCAGGCCGAGCAGCAGGAGGCAUAAGCUGCAGGAGGGCUGAGACCCCAGCCCAGCUAGGCUCAAACUCUGCAUCCCUACUUCACCCCAGAUUCCAGGACCCCUGGGAGAGCAGAGGGCUGGGGUCCCAGACUCCUGGGCCCUGCAGGAGGAGGGGGCUGGCAGUCUAAACUAUUUCCUUGGGGGAGGAGGUCAGGUGGAAGCUGGGAUGCUAGAUUCCUGCUUCCUCAAAGGAGGGGAGGGAUGGGAGCAAGGAUUUCCUCAUUCUUUGAGGGAGGAGGACCCCGGAGGCCCGGGCUGCAGGGUCUCAAGGAAACAAGCUGAAUUCCAAGGAAGGAAAGAACUAGGGUCUGGAAAUCUGGCUACCCAAGGAGCAAGGGCAGGCAGGAUCUUGCUCUUCUUUACUCGAGAAACAAAAUCAGUCUUCCAGGGUCUGAGGUUUCCCUGCACCUCAUUGCCUGUACAUUUUUUUUUUCUAUCCCAUAAUUUAUUAAAUCACUGUUCUCCCCAGA